GGCAGCAAAAAAGGGAGAAAUGGAGAGAGAGAGAGAGAGAGAGAGAGAGAGAGAGAGGAAUUGAUCGCCCGAGUCUGAGCUUUCUAUCCUGAAGGGGAGUGUGUGUGUGUGUUAUUGUAUGUGUGUGGGUGGGUGUGUGUUAUUGUAUGUGGCUGUGUGUGUGUUAUUGUGUGGGGGUGUGGGGGUGUUAUUGUGUGGGGGUGUGUGUAUGCAGUAUUUUUGGUCCAUCAUGUUCCAGUCGCGCGCGUGUGUGUGUGUGUGUGUGAUGGCUGGAGCUUCCCAAGAGGAGGUAGGAUGGAUUUUUUGGCCGAUGAAUGAAGCCCACAGCAACAGGUUGAGCUAACAGCAGUGUUGUGAUGGGAACACAGAUCCUCUGCGCUCCUCGUGUUGGCGUGUGGUUUUCUCGCCGGCCGCUCGCUCACGCGUGAUGAAAGCAUGUUAUCAGUGUGACUGCAGCUGCUGUGCAACAGGGAGGCUGUGAGGUGGACAUCCAGUGCUGUGUGUCUCCCCAGGUUUCAGGUGGGCUGCGGCGACUCUGAAGCUUCUGGACGCUCGCAGAAUGAAGCAGGACCAUGUAUAGCGUCCACUACAACCACUCCCUGGCCAGUAUGAGUGGCGGAGAGAUCGUGGCGUACUCUCUGACGCUGGAGCAGAAGAUGGCGUUCGCCUUCGUCGGAAUGCUGCUGGUAUUCCUCGGCCUGCUCAUCGUGCGCUGCUUCCGGAUCCUUCUGGACCCCUACAGCAGCAUGCCGUCCUCACACUGGGGCGACGGGCUGGAGGUGCUGGAGAAAGGGACGUUUGAGUACGCGCUCACCUGACACACCCGCACAUGAGGCCACGCCUUGUCUCCGAGGCCACGCCCCCUGAUCUGUGACUGCGUUCUGGCAGCGUUAGAGGCUUGUGUUUCCCAUUUGGAGCAACACCGUAUGACUUUAAUGAACUCGAGUGUCAUCAUGGGAAAAUACAUAUCACAACCCUCAGAGGCCACACCCUUACCUGAGAUUGCAGCCUCACCUGUGGCCCCGCCCACCUGUUCACAGUCUAAUCAGAUUACGACUUUAUCUGAAACUAUACCUUUACCGGAGGCCACGAUCUUUUUCGUGAACAGAGCACCACUUGAAGCCACGCCCUCACCAGAGGCCACGCUAUCUAAGACCACAGCAUCACCUGAAUACAUGGCCUUACCUGAGGCCACACCAUCAACAGGUAUUGCGCUGUCACUUCAUGCCAUGGCCUUAGCAGAGGCCACGCCCGUUUUUGAGACUGCAUCACAAAUUGAAUAAAUAGCUUUACCUGAGGCCACACCCUUAUCGGACAUCACACUGUCACUUAAAGCCACGCCCUUAUCAGAGACUGCAGCACCACUUAAAGCCACGCCCUUACCUGAGGCCACACCCACAUCAGAGGCCACACGCAUAUCAGAGACUGCAGCACCACUUAAAGCCACGUCCUUACUUGAGGCCACACCCUCACAUGAGGCCAUGCCCUUAUCAAAGACUGCAGCACCACCUAAAGCCACGCCCUGAUCUGAGGCCACACCCUUAUCAGAGACGGCAGCACCACUUAAAGCCACGCCCUUAUCUGAGGCCACACCCUUAUCAGAAACUGCAGUGCCACUUGAAGCCACACCCGUACUGGAGGCGUCGCUCUUGCCUGAGACUGCUGUUGUGUUUCUCAUUUGGAAUAACAGUCAACACCGUGUGACUUUACUCAGACAGAUUCAUCACUGACAGCGCUGUUAACUUCAACUUUACACUCAACCACACAAAAACUGCAAAGACAAUAAACCUGUACAUAACUGCCUUUAAUCCCGGGUGAGCGGUCAAACAGUCAGUGCUUUCCUAAGUAAGGAAAGGAUGAAGGUGAGAAACAUCACAGAUCAUGAACUCCUGUAGUAUCUGGAGUAUCUGGAGCUCUGAUCUGGUCUGACUGUAGAAACCGUUACACCGUCUGAAUGUUGCGUAGAUCUUUACGUGGUCUCAGUUACACCCUUUACCCCUAUCCAUGCUGAGGACGACAAUCUGCCACCACCCAGCACCGCACCGACAGGCCUGCUGGGGGUUGAUGGUGGAGUGAUGGGAGUUGUUUGGUGAGCUGAUGUCUUAAUGCAGCCAGAGAUUCUGAGUGCACUUGUUCUGUUCACCAGCCUCGGGACACAGUGAUCUGGAGGGAGGGGUGUGGACUGCAGUCGUUACAAAAGCAGGGUAUUCUAAGGUGUGAGCUGACUCACAGGUGUAAUCGCAGGACCCCUCACUUCAUCAGAUGGCUGUAUAUGCCCACCUCACUUUAAGGCUCAUUUGAAGGGAAAAGGCGAGUAAAGAACGACAGGUGAGACGACCUGUAAUUCUAUCUACUGUGUAGCGUAUAGCAAUGCACAGCACCCGUUUCUAUGGUAACGACCACUCAUGACUGUCAUUUGCAUUGUUAUCCAACCAUCCCACACUCAGUGGACCCUCAAUGUUUACAAGUGAUGUGCUGUUCUGGCUCUGCCCACUCGCUCAAACCGGCUUGUUGUGAUUGUUUGUCUUUGGUCUGGUUCUGGGCAGUUGCGUUCCAGUAUGCCCAGUUAAUUCUUUUGUUUUCUGACAUUUACCUGCUGUGCCUUUGUUUAUUGAUGACUGGCUGACGGAUUGAUGACUGCCAUCAUGCAGUUUUUAGUUAAUUUGCUAAUUAGAAGGUUGGCCUUUUAGUAGUUUUGGUUAAAAUAGCGUGGUGUCAGCGGAGAAGAAGACAUGGGAAGGUGAAUGCUCUUUUAUUGAACAGGCAGCAAGGGAGAGCCGCCUCUCAGCGCUGACUAAUGGCUGGGAAGCAGGCAGGUCACUUCUAACCACACACUUCCUCCUGGUAGGAGGCAUUAACACUGCACCAACUGCCCACAGCUCAGCAAAGAAUAGCACAAACAACACAGAUGCACAUCUUUUACUGAACAACAGCAAUUUAUUCACAAAGAAAAGGUCACCAGCCGCAAAUGCCCCCCCUUAGAGGGAGUCCCUGGGGUGUAUGGGGGCAUGCCACCCCCCAACCCCACUGAUGGAGGGCUGCGGUCAACCCUGCCUGGCCGCCGUACACAGCUCUGCUGUGCUCAGGUCAGGCUCUGCUGCUGAGCUCCACCUUGCUGUUUCCUCUUUCACUCUCUUCGCCACACUGCUUCUUUUUCCACAGCCCUCAGCUCAGCUUGGUCUUCUCUGCUGUCCACCUUCAAGUUUGUGGAAGUGGCAUUCCCCUCCAGUCUGCUGGGGUUGCUAUUCCACUUCUGACACCAGUGUGGCGUUGGUGAAAGAGCGUAUGUGGGAAACACUGCACUGUAAAAGUGAAUGCUCUUUUGGACAGGGCACUUCUAACCACACACUUUCUUUAGAUGGUCACUAACUCUGCCCUAACUACCCCACAGCUCAGCACAAAAUAGAAGUCUCUCCUACUGUGAACACAGAACUGCACAAGAGCCUCCCACUGUAGCUUGAUCCAUUAGCUGGACACUACAGUAUUGCCAAGAUGCCUAAGUUUGGGGGAAAAACUGCUGUUUGGGAGCUCCCAUUGGUGACCUGAGCCAAUUCAUCUGACUCACAGAAAAGAUCCAGAAUGUCCAUCAAUAAUGUACACAUGAAGGAGAACAGGCCAAUGUCAUGUAACAUAGUACUUUGUUCAAAAGAACAUGAGGAUCUCCAAAAUUGUACCUUUUUGGAGGAAGUGAUGAAGCUAAAGUUAGUGUGCUCACAGUUUGUAACGGUCAGCUGGCAUUUUCAAAUAAGUUAGGGUUUUUUUGUGACUUUCAUUGCUGAUAAUUUAUAGGUGCUGUGGCAUCACAGGCUGUUUAAACUGAUCUAAACAAUCAGCCAGCUGGAAUAUUCAGUGAACCGAUAUACAGACAUGCAGUAAACAUUCUGUUUUGGUUAAUUCCCUCUGGUUGCCUGGACUAACCACAGAGUGCACUUCCUCCACAAACAUGUUGCUGAGCUGACAAAGGUCGGAAAGCCAGUCUGACCAGCGGAAAGGAACCUGUUACUGAAUGGAAAAGACCUCAGUAUCUCCACCUGUGUGAUGCUCCAGAGCUGCUCCCUUUCUACUAAAUAAAGCCCAUGGUCUGGAGCUAUUCAGUUCCAGGAUUUCCGAAAUUCACUCCGAUUCCGAUACUAAGCGAUGGGAGUUGGUGGAGUCGAUUCCACACAAUGCUUUUGUCUAUGCUUGGUUCCAUAGGUCUUUCACACACAUACAUUAAUGCAGUAAUUAAACAGAAGGUUGCAAUGUCCUGGUUGUGGCCCACAAAGCUGGAUAUAUCUCCAAUGCUAUCGUUAAAGCAAUGCUGAGUUUUCAGAAAGCUGAAGGGUGAAUAAAGUCCAGCCUUAACUGAGCAUGUAUGUGAUAGCUUUGGCUAUAUUGGAUACAUAUUGGAUUAUACUUUUUCCCCUCAGAUAUCCAAUCCAGUAGGGUUGGGAAUCUCUUGGCCCCUCACAAUUCAAGUCGAUUAUGAUUCAGAGGCUGUGAUGCAAUUAUACCACGAUUAUCGACGCAUCUUUUUUUUUCUAUACCGGAUUUCUAUUUUCCUACUGACUGAGGACGUGGUAGUUUAAAAGCAAAGUAUUUAUAAUGAUCUAUAAUGGAUUUACUUCCAACAUCUUUUAUUAAUAAAUCAAAUGGAAGUGAUGUGGCGAGUGAACUGGAAGGCUCCCAUUCACUGCUCUUGUUUGGAGCACGAGAGACGCCGCUGUGGUGAUGGACGUCCAUGCAGCACGUUAUAGCCAUGCGGCCCGUUUUCUUUAGUGAUGUUAGAACUCUGGAUUUGGUCGUGUUGAAGAGAAUCAGGGGUCACUGUGUCAGUAAAGUAUCCGCGAGACGGGACAUGAGCGAAAGCCCUGUUUCUCAACGAGACUGCAGGUCACUUAGCAACACAGUCCCUCCUGGCUAGUAGCUACAAAAAGGCAGAGAGAGAGUAAGAGACCCUUAUUAGUCCCACAAUGGGGGAAAUUCCACCUCUGCAUUUAAAC